UUUUUUUUUUUAUUCACAUCACCAAUUUACACUGAAUCUACAUCCUACCACAAAACAUUACCUGAUCCAAUGAUUUGCUUGGAGCCAUUUGAUAUUUAACAAAGGAUAAACGACAAAUGGCUUCCUAUUCCCUAAAUAAGUUCACUACACAUAGCUUUAAAUGAAACUACACCAUAAAUGGUAUGGUAUGGUAUAUGGCCAUGUAGGGUUUAGUCUUUGGUUAGCAAGUAAACGGUAUAAAACGUAUAUACAAAUAUUAACAGUACAAUUAUUUGAACAAAACACCUUUUAUGCGCGUGCUAUUCUGUCAGCCCUUGAAAGCGGGAAAAUAGCGCACGAGACACGACGGUUAUGAAGAGACGGUCGCGUGGUUCAUUCUGAGGUAAAGUUGGCUUUUUGUUGACGAACCCAACAUGGAGGAGCUUCUGUCUCUGAAAGAGUCGAUAGUUACGUACAUGGACAGAAGUGGAGGCCUGCGUAAGCUUGUUGAAGCCUGUCAGUCUCUUAAAGAUUCCCAGCAGGUGUAUCGUUUCUGUUUUGACGUGAACCCCUCGGACAUGGUUGAACUGGAUGCCAGACUGGGAGACUGCAUAUUACACGACCCCCUGAAAGCCACUUCGCUCUUUCAAUCUGUUUGUUUUCUCUCAAUAAAGACACUGUCGCUAAUUGAGCACAUACACACAGAGAGCCAGGUUAAUGUUGUUCUACAUCCAACACACAUGCCACCAUUUCCCAACUACGUUCUGGACUUAUCCGAGUUCCCUCGUGGCUAUUAUCUGAUGAGGCCUGUAGCAUUGGAGGGCCUUGUAAUUGCCAUGACUUGUGUGACAAAAUACACUCAAGGAGCCAGAUUCAUCUGUGAAGAAGAAAAAUGUCCUUGCUCCAGAGGUUUCCACCAUAUUAGAGUACAUGCACCAGGAGCUACGGAGUCAGCUACUGUCCGGAGCGACUUCAUCUGCUUCCUUUGCUCCUCGCCACUCAAAGAGGAUGUGAAAUCUCGUGUUUUAGGGAAUAAGCAGCUGGUUGAGCUUGUACACCUGAGAGCGCUGGAUGUGUUGGGAGUCCAUGAGAAUUCCUCCCUGAGAUAUCAAUCUGUCACUCUGUUUUUGAGAGAUGAACUGUGUAACACUAUGAAAAUUGGCCAGCUGUACCGAGUAGUAGGAAUACCAGCACAUGUACACCAGUGGUCCAAUAUUACUUGGACCAUUGAGGCUUGCAGCGUUCAAAAUCUCAUGCCUGACUAUUCCUCCUGUGUAAGCGACAAUUUCCAGGUCCUGCAUGCUGCCUCAGCCUGUUCCCCAUGGAGAUUCUCUGCCAUUGUUGCUAACUCGUUUGGCUCUCCAGUAGUCCCGCCUGGCCUGUACAGCACACUGAAACUGGCGCUGCUUCUUAGCCUGGUGCAGACCAAAAAGGAGACUUUAAAGGCACACAAUCAUUUGGAUGUGCUCGCGUUCACCGGUGAUACUCUUAACGUUGAGAGGUUAAUGACAUACAGUCUGGGCCUGGCAGCACGGGGUAUUCGUCACCCGGUUACUGGAGAACUGUUCGCCUCCUUGUCCAGGGAUGACCAUGGAGCAGGAACAGCUAACAUCCAUGCCGGCUCUGCUCUCCUGGCUGCUGGGGGUGUGUGCCUGCUAGGGGACUUAACAUGCUACAAGAAGGACAGGAUAGACACCCUCCAGUCAGCAUUAGAUAGCAGAGCAGUCUCUGUGUUUAUCCCUGGAAAGAAGUAUGGUGAAGAUACUGACCAGCUUCUUUCUUUCCCCAUCGACUGCAACUUUUGGGCCCUGGCUGAUGCAAUAACUCCUUCUAAAAAAGCUACCAGGCCAGACAGUGUACUGCUGGGCUCUGUUGAGAUGGGUCUGGUACCCCCACAAGUUGUAGAUGCAUUUGGGCUUGUGAUCCAGUGUCGAGAGCCCGGAGGUAACCACCCACUCCUUCCAAUGACAGUACACACCCUGAGGCAGGCCAUUUCACCAGGAGAGCCCAUUUACCCUGCCUGCAUGCAGUUUACCACACAGGACUACAAAGAUCUCCUAGCUUAUGCCCGGAGUCUGAAGGUAGACAUGAGCACUGAAGCUGAGAUGAUGAUCCAUGGUUACUACAUGGCCAGUCGGAGAGUGCGCUCCUCAGUACCCGUUGCAUCCAUUAAACUGCUGAUAGCCCUUGCACAGGCUCAUGCUAAGCUUAACCUGAGGACUCUUGUGCUGGAAGAAGAUGCAGUUAUCGCAGUAUUGCUGUGUGAAAACUCCAUUACCCUAAAACAUGGUGAGAGCUUUAGUGAACCUUUUAAGAGUAUCCAUUUACAACAAAUUGGAUUGAUUAGGAGUCUGGCAACAUCUGACAGAUUUAAUAUGCUUUAUUGAGUUAGGUAUGUAGUAAUUUAGGACUAUUGUAUUUUAAAAGAACCUUAAACAAAAAGUUUCAUAUUCAGUGUAGGAUUAUACCAUUAGCAUGAAAACAUUGCAGCCAAAAUAAGGAGAUAGAAAAAGGUCAAACUUUUAGACAUUUAUUUCAGUUGAAGGUUUCAACAUUCACCUUUUAUCCCUUCUUUAUUAGUUCACUAUUAUUUAUGAGUCAAGAUCCAGUUUUUAUUACAGCAUGUUGAGAGUGUGUCUUGGGAACACAGGGGCCUCGGCGCUUGUUAUUGCACCUGAUGCGGUGUUUCCCUGUGAUCUGCAUGACCUGGAGUCCCUGCACAGACGAGACCAGACCUUGGAAGAGUUCCACCAGCAGAUCCUGCAGUUUGUAUACAACUAUGCACCAGGAGCUGG